CUGCUCGUCCUGCUGGUCCACGCGCGCGCCGCCCAGCAUGGCAAAGCUGCGCAAGAUGUGGAUGAAUGUGUGGAAGGGACUGACCAUUGCCACAUCGAUGCCAUCUGCCAGAACACACCACGGUCGUAUAAGUGCAUCUGCAAGUCCGGCUACACCGGGGACGGCAAACACUGCAAAGACGUGGAUGAGUGUGAACGGGAGGAUAAUGCAGGCUGUGUGCAUGACUGUGUUAAUAUCCCUGGCAAUUACCGGUGUACCUGCUACGACGGCUUCCACCUGGCACAUGACGGACACAACUGUCUGGAUGUAGAUGAGUGUGCCGAGGGUAACGGUGGCUGUCAACAGAGCUGUGUCAACAUGAUGGGCAGCUACGAAUGCCACUGCCGAGAAGGCUUCUUCCUCAGCGACAACCAGCAUACCUGCAUCCAACGGCCAGAAGAAGGAAUGAACUGCAUGAACAAGAACCAUGGCUGUGCCCACAUCUGCCGGGAGACUCCCAAGGGGGGCAUUGCCUGUGAAUGCCGCCCUGGCUUCGAGCUCACCAAGAACCAACGGGACUGUAAAUUGACCUGCAACUAUGGUAACGGUGGCUGCCAGCACACGUGUGAUGACACCGAGCAGGGUCCCCGGUGCGGCUGCCAUGUCAAGUUUGUGCUCCAUACUGACGGGAAGACAUGCAUCGGGGAAAGGCGGCUAGAGCAGCACAUGCCCACUCAGGCCGUUUCUAAUGAGACCUGUGCCGUCAACAAUGGGGGCUGCGACAGUAAAUGCCACGACGCCGCAACCGGGGUCCACUGCAGCUGCCCUGUGGGCUUCAUGCUGCAGCCAGACAGAAAGACCUGCAAAGACAUCGACGAGUGCCGUUUAAACAAUGGGGGCUGUGACCACAUCUGCCGCAACACAGUGGGCAGCUUCGAGUGCAGCUGCAAGAAGGGCUACAAGCUUCUCAUCAACGAGAGGAGCUGCCAGGACAUAGACGAGUGCUCCUUUGAUCGAACUUGUGACCACAUGUGUGUCAACACACCAGGAAGCUUCCAGUGUCUCUGUCACCGCGGCUACCUGCUGUAUGGUGUCACUCAUUGUGGGGAUGUGGACGAAUGCAGCGUCAAUAAGGGAGGCUGCCGCUUUGGCUGCAUCAACACCCCCGGCAGCUAUCAGUGUACCUGCCCAGCAGGCCAGGGCCGCCUUCACUGGAACGGGAAGGAUUGCACAGAGCCAGUGACCUGUCAGAGCAGUCCUGGGGCCUCCAAAGCCAUGCUCAGCUGCAGUCGGUCUGGCAAGAAGGACACUUGUGCCCUGACCUGCCCUUCCCGGGCCCGGUUUUUGCCAGAGUCCGAGAAUGGUUUCACCGUGAGCUGUGGUACCCCCAGCCUUAAAGCUGCUGCAGCCCGAGGCACCCAUCCUGGAAACAGCACCGCCUCAAACUACUGCCAUGAGGCUGCAGCCCUGUCCGUUAAGCAGCGGGCCUCCUUCAAGAUCAAGGACGCGAAAUGCCGUUUGCAUCUGCGAAAUAAAGGCAAAGUGGAGGAAGCCAGCAGAAUCCCAGGGCCAGGUGGCGCCACUUGCUCCGACUGCCAAGUCACCUUCAUCCACCUUAAGUGCGACUCUUCUCGGAAAGGCAAGGGCCGACGGGCCCGGACUCCUGGCAAGGAGGUUACCCGGCUCACCCUGGAAUUAGAGGCCGAGGUCAGGGCAGAAGAAACAACAGCUGGCUGCGGGCUGCCUUGCCUCCGGCAGAGGAUGGAGCGAAGACUGAAAGGGUCCCUGAAGAUGCUCAGAAAGUCCAUCAACCAGGACCGAUUCCUGCUGCGUCUGGCAGGCCUUGACUAUGAGCUUGCCCACAAGCCAGGCCAGGUAGCUGGGGACCGAGCAGAGCUGGCGGAGGUCUGCAGGCCUGGGCAGCACCGGGCAGGCACCAAGUGUGUCAGCUGCCCGCAGGGAACGUAUUACCACGGCCAGACGGAGCAGUGUGUGCCAUGCCCAGCAGGCACCUUCCAGGAGAGGGAAGGGCAGCUCUCCUGCGACCUUUGCCCUGGGAGUGAUGCCCAUGGGCCUCUUGGAGCCACCAACGUCACCACAUGUGCAGGUCAGUGCCCACCUGGCCAACAUUCAGUAGAUGGGUUCAAACCCUGCCAGCCAUGCCCACGGGGCACCUAUCAGCCGGAAGCAGGACGAACCCUGUGCUUCCCCUGUGGUGGAGGCCUCACUACCAAGCAUGAGGGGGCAGUCUCCUUCCAGGACUGUGACACCAAGGUCCAGUGCUCCCCAGGCCACUACUACAACACCAGCACCCAUCGCUGUAUCCGCUGUGCCAUGGGCUCCUACCAGCCACACUUCCGCCAGAACUUCUGCACCCGCUGCCCAGGAAAUACAAGCACUGACUUUGAUGGCUCUACCAGUGUGGCCCAGUGCAAGAAUCGGCAAUGUGGUGGGGAGCUAGGUGAGUUCACUGGCUACAUCGAGUCUCCCAACUACCCGGGCAACUACCCGGCAGGUGUGGAGUGCAUCUGGAACAUCAACCCCCCACCCAAGCGCAAGAUCCUCAUCGUGGUCCCCGAGAUCUUCCUGCCAUCCGAGGAUGAGUGUGGGGACGUUCUCGUCAUGAGAAAGAACUCCUCCCCAUCCUCCAUCACCACUUACGAGACCUGCCAGACCUAUGAGCGGCCCAUCGCCUUCACGGCCCGUUCCAGGAAACUCUGGAUCAACUUCAAGACGAGUGAGGCCAACAGCGCUCGUGGCUUCCAAAUUCCCUACGUGACCUACGAUGAGGACUAUGAGCAGCUGGUGGAAGACAUAGUGCGGGAUGGCCGGCUCUACGCCUCUGAAAACCACCAAGAGAUCCUAAAGGACAAGAAGCUGAUCAAGGCCUUCUUUGAGGUCCUGGCCCACCCCCAAAACUACUUCAAGUACACGGAGAAACACAAGGAGAUGCUGCCGAAGUCCUUCAUCAAGCUGCUGCGCUCUAAAGUCUCCAGCUUCCUGAGGCCUUACAAAUAGUGCUCGCGGCCUGGAGCCCCGCGUGUCAGAGCUCCGACUCCCUGCCCUCAGAGCUGGCCCCCACUCAGACAAGAACCUGGCCUCUCCUUCGGGAGGACAGACAUCCCUACACCAGGCACUCUCCCCUCUGUCUUCCUAGUUAUCCCCCCACUUUUUUCUUAACAUGUUUCCUGGAAAAGCCAUUCAGUGCUGCCCCUGUCCCCUCAGAGGUGAAGGAACAGAACCCCCUCUCCUCUGGCCAGCUCACCAGCUCACAUCCC